AUGGCUCCACAAAGAUUCCGUCGCCGGUUUGAUCUUGCCGCGUAUCCAUUCCCUCGCCCGGUGGCGCCAGACACUUUGACGGAGCAUAUACGAAGAGCGAAACGUCAGCAGCAUUCUUCAGUCAGAGAGUCUGUCCGUCGUGGGGUGUACUCUAGAGAUCAGAAGUAUACUCAGUACAAAGAGAAUAUUGGAGACGCAGAGUAUACUCAUGACAAAGGGUGUACCCAAGAUGAAAAAGACAUUCAAGUCGGAAAAAACACUCAAGUCGAAGAGUAUACUGGAGACGACGAGUAUACUGGAGUCGAACGACAUACUGGAGACGAGGAACAAAAUGAAAAAAAUCGUCAUGAUCCAAGGGAUGGUGAAGACGAUGAUGAUAAAGAAGAAGAAGAGAAUUUCUUCCAGGGCACAUACGGACAGUACACGGUCUGGAAUAAUGAUGACAAAAAAGUCGAACGUGGCCUGCGUGCGCCUCAGGCUGUCCCCAUGGUCACGAAGCGCAAAUUCUUGACUUGUACUCGCGCCGAAGCAUUGGAAAUGUACCAUUCCAUCGAGGAGUUAUUCGAGGAAAGGUACGGGACUGCAGAGGUCCCGAAGGAAAUCAGGAACAACUUCACAAAACUGGUCAGAGUUCUCCCACCGCACAAAAAGAGGCUGCUCAAAUGGAAUGUUGAUUUCCACGGAAUCCUGGACGUCGUUAAGUGGUUUAAGGAUGUAGAUCUAAAAGAGGAUCUACAGGAAUUCAGCUGGGAGGAAACGUAUCAACUUCCCAGUCUGACUCCCGAGCAAAUCCACGAUACUUGGGAAGACUUGGAUCACCUCGCAUUUCACAGCCCGAUGUACAUGGCCAGUCGUAUAGAGCUCAGGACUAGUGUGUUGAGGAUGCUUUUCAAUGAGCAGACGAGGCGGAUCAAGGAGCUGGAGAAAGAGCUGGAGAAAGAGCUUGAGCGGAAGAAUGCUGAGGCUGAAGUUGAGGAAGACUUGGGGACACCCAGCGAGAAGUCUACCAUUAGGCAAGGGAUGAGAUCUCGUGUGAAGGGAUUUGUGAAAAGGGUAUUUUGCCGUCGUGGAUAG